AUGGACAGUAACAGCAUAUUAAGACUUUUAAUUGAGGAUGAUGAGUUGGAUUUGUUAUUUGAUGAGAAUCAGUACAUGUGUGCUCUUUUGGAGGAGAUGGGUGGAGCAACAGAAGCUGAUGCUGAUAGGCAAUUAGUCAGGACAAACCGAGGUGAAGGUUGGCGACGUGUGCAACGUUUUAUGAACGGGUCUGAGGUACAAUGCUAUGAGAUUCUACGCAUGAACCAUGAAACAUUUAAGAGUUUGUGUAAGGUGCUAUCAGAAAAGUAUGGGUUAAAGGAGACUCACAAUGUUUACGUUGAGGAGAGUGUUGCAAUGUUCUUAGAGACGGUAUUAAGUUCUCUCUUGAAGCUUGCAUCAGACAUUGUGAAACCGACUAGGAAUGAGUUUGCAACUGCUAGUCCUUUUCUAGAAGGUAAACCACAGUAUUGGCCUUACUUUAAGAACUGCAUAGGUGCUUUAGAUGGAACUCAUAUUGCUGUCCGUCCACCAUCUGGGAAUAGUGAGCCAUUUAGAGGUAGAAAAGGUGAACCAACCAUGAAUGUGCUGGCUAUUUGUAAUUUUGACAUGAGGUUCAUCUACGCUUAUGUUGGAGUUCCCGGGAGAGCACAUGACACGAAGGUGCUAACAUACUGUGCUACUGAAGAAGCUUCUUUUCCUCACCCACCAGCUGGAAAAUACUACUUGGUCGACUCAGGUUACCCAACCAGAACUGGUUACUUAGGUCCUCAUCGCAAGACUAGAUACCAUAUAGAUCAGUUCAACAGAGAAGGUCCACCAUCAAACACUAGGGAAUUGUUCAACCGCAAGCACUCCGGUUUAAGAUCAAUGAUUGAGAGGACUUUUGGUGUUUGGAAAGCCAAGUGGAGAGUUUUAGACAGAAAGCAUCCCAAGUAUGAGUUGAAGAAAUGGAUAAAGAUUGUGACAGCAACCAUGGCCCUCCACAACUUUAUUCGAGAUUCACAGCAUGGAGAUACUGAUUUUUCUUAUUGGGAAGGAGUGGAAUCAUAUGAACAACAUGGUGAUGAUCAAGAAGAGCAUGUUGGAUACAUUCCGCAGGGUGAUAGACUGAUGGAGAGUGUGUGUCACUGUAUUACUAUGGAGAUGGCAAGAGGAACUAGACUUCCAUACUAG